GCCGCGCCAGCGCGCCUUCUCCCACGCGCCGGGGGCGCCUACCCGCUGCUCCCCGCACGCCUUCUGCUUGUCUUGAGGGGCAGGGGCGCGUUGACUCAUGCAUGCACCACCCGAGGUGUUUCCCCGAGCCUUCCCCCACCGAGGAGACCUCCAAGGGAUCUGCCGCCCGCCCUGUCCUCCAGAAUGAGAAACUGAGGCCCCAAAGGGGUCACUCAUUCUAGGCAAAGAACUCCAAGACCUGUGGGGCUGCCGGGGGCGGAGGCCGGUGUCCAGUUCCCAGGUCUAUAGACAAGCUGGGAAGCCUCCACUAUGGACAGAGAGCUGCCGAUGCUGUUCCCAUGAGAAGAGAGCUGGGCAAGGCUAGGUCCUGCAGGAGGGAGGGCGCCAGAGUCCCUUGAGGACCUUUGUGAGAAGAUGGAGGCUGGCUGAGGAGAAGAAACGAGUGGGGGGAAAAUCUGAGAAAGAAGAGAGGGGCAUGAAGGGGGCCGCUGUUGGCCUAAGGGAGGAAGUGGGUGAGGGUGCAUCUUGAGUCACUCCCCAAUAGGCAAAUGCUGUGGCCUCUGCGGAGGGUGGUAGUUGAGGAUAAGGAAAGAGGAGGGAAAAGGCCAUGUGCUUGGCAUCCCUGCAGCUGGGGGCUGCCUGCAGGAGACAGGCCCAGGAGCUGCCCUUCAGUCAUCCGGAACACUCAGGGAAAUUGGAGGCCCUAGAAGGCCAGCACUGCUUCUGCGGGGACUGGGAGGCAAGGGUGGUGGCCCCAGUCUCGGCCAGGUCAGCGAAGUCCAUGCUCUCUGACCCGGCUGGAGUUGGAGCAGCCUGAUGCCUACCCAACCCAGCUGUAGUGUGCCAGCAGAGUGGCCAAGAGAGAAGGCUGCCCAUUGAUAGAAUUGGCAUCAGAACAGUUUUACACGUGAAAGGUCUGGGGAAUACCUGGGCUGGCUGCGUCACAAUCAACUUUGUACAGUAUGAACUUCUCUGGUCCCUCCCACUUGCGAAGCCGAGGAGCAGUGGGGUGGACGGAAGUGAAUUUCCCUUACUCUCUCUGUCCUGUUUGAAUUCUAUGUCCUUUGAUGAAUUAUGAGAUGUGUUCAUUGAAAUUAAGGGGCGGGGGGGGGGGGGGGGGUAGAGAAAGAGAAGGAAACGUCCCAAUUCUCACAGAAGACAGAUACUGCCAUGUGCCCAGAGGCUGCCAGACGGCACUGGAUUUUCCAAAAAAGCUAAAAAAGAAAAAAAAAAAUCAAGAUGAGUAAAGAUGUGGUUUUCAGAUAAUGCCCAACAAGGCAGCGACCAGGGGUGAGGCGUCACCACUUGGGCUUAUAAAAGCUGCUGCCACAGGCUACGUCCACAAAGCCACCAGCUUAAGCCAGCCUACAGUUCUUCUGCGCCUUGGUUCUCUCGUUGGCUCUGGGCUUCAUGGCGCUCUGGGUGACUGCAGUCCUGGCCCUCGCCUGCCUUGGUGGUCUCGCCGCCCCCGGCCCUGUGCCUCGGCCCAUGACGCCCCCUGUGGCCCUCAUGGAGCUUAUUGAGGAGCUGAGCAACAUCACACAAGACCAGAGGACGCCGCUAUGCAACGGCAGCAUGGUGUGGAGCGUGGACCUGACAGCUGGCGGGUUCUGUGCAGCCCUGGAGUCCCUGACCAACAUCUCCAGUUGCAAACCCAUCUACAAGACCCAGAGGCUACUGAGUGGACUCUGCACCCGGAAGUCGGCUGGGCUUUCCAGCCUCCCGGAUACCAAAAUCGAAGUGAUCCAGUUUAUCACCACACUGCUCAGCUACUCGAGGCAACUUUUUCGCUACGGCACCUUCCCGUGACAAGAGAAAACCACAGAGACAGGCCCUGGUCACCUCAGUUGCGGAGCUGUUUUUCUUUCUCACAUCCGACAUUUCUUUGGGAGGCUGGGAGGCGGGUUGGGAGGGGAUGAGAUUGCCUCAGCUUUGACCUCGGCCUGUACCGCCUGCCUAGUGCCGGGGGACUCGGCCUGGCAACUUCCCCUGUCGGUCCAUCCCUGUGCCUGUGGCCUGCUUCACACAGGCCAACUGAGGUGGAGAGCCGCUUGGGCACAUUUCUUCUUGAUCUUAUUUAUUAUGGUUGUAUGUUAUUUAAAUGAGUCUGUCAGUAUUGGGGUGGGGGAAUGGUCUGCUGCCUGCGCCCUGAGACGUGGGGCCCCAGCCCCGAAGCAGUGGGCCUCGGGGUCCCUGGCAAUAAUCACUGUACACACAAUUCUGCUACCUCACUGGGGCCUCCGGGGUCUCGCCUCAGGCAGGGGACAGGAGGGAAGGCCACAGCCACAGUCCUGUCUGCCAGCCGGCAGCAACCAGCCCUCAGCCAUGAAGUAACUUAUUGUUUUAUCCUUAUAUUUAAACUAUUAAAUAGGUUAGCAAAGAGUUAAUAAUAUAUGGAAGAAUGGCCUGUUACACUUAAGGUGAUGUGUGGGGAAUGGCGGGGGGAGGGGAGGGCUUGUCAUUGAACAUGGACUGUCAAACUAGAAACUGGAAAUAAAGAUUGUGACAGAUAGGCCUGCCUGCUUUUGCCUUCUCUUUUGGUCCUUGGGGAUGCUGGCCUGUGGGCUCCAGACUGAGGAGGAGCCCAGGAUGAGGCAGGCUUCUCAAAGGAGAUAGAAGGGGUGUAGGGCAAGACCUGGGGUGAGAGUAAACCCUCUGGGCUGGGGGGGGAGGGGCGAGGAGAGGAUACACCCCCUGUCUACUGGUGGUGAGCGGAGGGAGCUUGGGCCAGGAAGUUGGGGUUCAAGGGGGAUGUCUGGAGCAGGCGGGGAACCUCUUGGGUAUCUCCCGAUGACUGGCCAGCUGUGUCUGCACCUCCCACACAGUCUCAGGUCUCCCUUGCCACAGUGGGAGGCACAUAAGAGCCGGAGACGUGGUGCGGGCAGGAGGUUUGCCCAAGGUGCAUGCUGGGGGGGAGCCAAGGCCCACAUUGCCCUUUUCAGCAGCCACCUGCCUAUACACACGGCUCUUGUCCACGACAGCGCCUAUUUGGAUGUUCUCUAUUGAUGGGGCAUUCGCUACUUACACUCUAGGGACAGCCUGUUGAAUUUCUGGACCCCACUCAUCACUGCUCUGUAAGCCAGGAUGAAUCAGUUGACAUGUGGGGGACUGGGGUAGACAGACGAGGCCAUGGAAGAUGGCACCUCAGGGCAGGUGGCCUGCCUCCCCCUUGCUGGCCCAAAAGCUGGAGUGGUGAAAGUAUCUGCACCAGCAAGCCCUUGGGAGAUGCUGCCCAGAGCAGAGAGAGACGGAGAAGGGUAGGGUAGCUCUGCAGCAGGUGUGGAGGAGGAUUCAGAGACCACCCACACUCUGGAUGACUGUAACACGGAGACUUAAAAGGUCUUAUUAAUGUUUUGUUUUGUUUUUUUUUCUUCCCGAGACAGGGUUUCUCUGUGUAGUUUUGGUGCCUG